AUGGCGGCGGCGGCGGCUCUGGUCAAGCAUGCCGGAGCCUGGCGCCCAGCGGUAGUUUCAUCCGAUGAUGAGAAAGAGGGGUUGAAACACCCUGGGCUGAUAUUGAAAUAUUCCACAUAUAAGAACCUGGCCCAACUGGCAAUCCAGCUGAAGGAUUUAGAGACAGCCAUGGAGUUCUAUUUAGAGGCAGUGAUGAUGGACUCCACGGAUGUCAACCUUUGGUAUAAAAUUGGGCAUGUGGCCCUGCGGCUCAUCCAGAUCCCCCUGGCUCGCCAUGCUUUUGAGGAGGGGCUGCGUUGUAAUCCUGACCACUGGCCCUGCUUGGACAACUUCAUCACUGCCCUGUACACACUCAGCGAUUAUGCAGCAUGUCUGUACUUCAUCUGCAAAGCUUUGGAGAAGGACUGCCGAUACAGCAAGGGGCUAGUUCUCAAGGAGAAGAUCUUUGAGGAGCAGCCUUGUCUCCGGAAGGACUCUCUCUGAAUGUUCCUCAAGUGUGACAUGUUAGUUCAUGAUGUGUUGGUGAGUGCAGCUGAGACACAGACCAUCGUAGACGAGGCCCUGGGGUGGCAGAAGAAGGGGCAAGCACUGAUCGUGCGGGAGAAGGAGCCAGACUUGAAACUGGUGCAGCCCAUUCCCUUCUUCACAUUUAGUUUCUCUAUUAGGAAAAAUUCAGAUGCUGUGUCAGAAUGUGUGGACAUGAUGCUCCUGUCUCUCUCCUGCAUGGAGCUCCAACUGGAUCAGUGGCUGCGAGGCAGAAGCUCUGCAGUGUCUCCUCAGAACAGCCCUACUGGUGUGGUGAAUGGCAGAUUCGGGCCCAACUUCCCAGGGACCCACCGCUUGGGUGACCUCCUACAGCUGUCAUUCGCUUCAUCCCAGCAUGACUUAUUUGAGGAUGGCUGGCUGGAGUUUGUGGUCUGUGUUUACUGGCUGAAGGCUCGCUUCCUGGUGCUGCAGGGGGACAUGCAACAGGCCCUGGAGAACUAUGACAUCUGCACAGAAAUGCUCCAGAGCUCUGCUGCCGUUCAGGCAGGGGCAGGGCCUAAGCAAAGAGACAUUGUCAUCCGGCUGCCCAACCUCCACAAUGACUUCAUUGUGAGCCUUUUUCAGAUUGAAAAGAACCUGAAGUCUCUGAAGCGAUGCCAGUCCCUGGAGGACAUUCAGCGGCUUUAUGAAGCAGGUGACUACAAGGCUGUCGUGCAUCUGCUCCGCCCCACCUUGUGGACCAGUGGGUUUGACCGGGCCAAACACCUGGAGUUCAUGACUUCCAUUCCUGAAAGACCAGCACAGCUGUUGCUGCUGCAGGACUCCUUGCUCCACUUGAAGGACCACCAGCAGCGUUUCGAGUGUUCUGACGUGGCUCUGAAUCAGGCUGUUCAACAGAUGGUGAACUCUAGUGAAGCUGCAACCAAGGAAGAGUGGGUAGCCACAGUGACCCAGCUGCUGCUGGGCAUCACGCAGACACUCUCUGCAGACAGCAGUGGCAGCAUCCUGAAGGAAUCAUCCUCCACCACCGGUCUUGUGCGACUCACCAGCAACCUCAUCCAGGUCAUUGACUGCAGCAUGGCUGUGCAGGAGGAGAUCAAGGAGCCUCAUGUCUCUUCAGUGCUGCCCUGGAUUAUUCUGCACCGGGUCAUCUGGCAGGAGGAGGACACCUUUCGUUCCCUGUGCCACCAGCAACAGCUCCAGAACCCAGCAGAGGAAGGGAUAUCAGAGAUGCCCAUGCUCCCGUCCUCCCUCAUGCUGCUCAACACAGCCCAUGAGUAUCUGGGCAGGAUAUCCUGGUGCUGCAAUUCAGAUGGGGCUCUUCUGCGAUUCUCUGUACAUGUUCUCCAAAAGGAGCUUGCUGCAUCCACCUCAGAAGACAUGCACCCAUACAAGGAGGAGCUGGAGACAGCCUUGGAGCAGUGUUUCUACUGCCUAUAUAGCUUCCCCAGCAAGAAGAGCAAGGCCAGGUACUUGGAGGAGCACUCAGCCCAGCAGAUGAGGGUAGAUCUUAUAUGGGAGGAUGCCCUGUUUAUGUUCGAGUAUUUCAAGCCCAAGACCCUUCCCGAGUUUGACAGCUACAAGACCAGCACUGUGUCUGCUGAUUUAGCCAACCUCCUAAAGAGAAGCACCACCAUCGUGCCCCGCUCAGAGAGACCAGCACUGAGCCUAGACAAAAUCUCUGCCUACAUUGAAGGAACCUCGAUUAAGGUGCCCUGCCUCCCAGAAGGGGCUGACCCCUCCCCUCCAGUGGUGAAUGAGCUCUACUACCUCCUGGCUGAUUAUCAUUUCAAAAACAAGGGGCAGUCUAAGGCCAUCAAGUUCUACAUGCAUGAUACCUGCAUCUGCCCCAAUAGGUUUGAUUCCUGGGCAGGCAUGGCCCUGGCCCGGGCCAGUCGCAUUCGGGACAAGCUGAACUCCAAUGAGCUGAAGAGAUAUGGGCCCAUUUGGACGCAUGCCACGCCCAUUCUGAACUGCUUCCGGCAGGCCCUGGAGAUUGACAGCUCCAACCUAUCCCUGCUGUGGAUUGAGUACGGCACCAUGUCCUAUGCCUUGCACUCAUUUGCCUUGCGCCAGCUGAAGCAGUGAAGUCUGCCUCCUGAGCUUGGGGAGCAGUUCAUCCCCUUUGGGGUUGAACUCAGUGUAGAUCUAGUGGAAGCCAUUGGCUCAGAUAGCUCAGGUCCUGAAACUGAGCUCUCAGGCCAGUUCUCUGGAGUGUCACAAGACGAAAGGCUACGAAGCCAGAACUUUCUAGCUGUGUGGCCUGGAGACAGCAACCUGACAUUCCUGCUGUGGUUCAUUCUCCAAGGCAGUAUUGUGAGGAUUCAGUGGUCCUUCAGCUAUCUCUUGAGCCCUUCUCAUGGGCACCCCACGUGCGAGGUGGAUAAGUUGCCUGUCCACUCUGAGGAUGGCAAGGCAGUGUGA